AUGUAUAUUGUUAAUGGUAGAAAAUCAUUUAUGAAAAGAGUGGAAAUUACAAUAAUUAUGGGGUAUCCGCCAUUGGGAAUAUACUCCAUUGAUCCUCUUUCAAUAAUUGAAUUAGAUAUAGAUCAAGGAAGCGGUCCAAUAAGUAUUAAAUUAAAAUUUAAAGAUUUAAAAAUUGUCGGAUUUAAAGAUGCUAAACUCAGUGAUAUUAAGUAUGAUAUAAAAAAUUAUAAAUAUUCAGCAACAGCUAAAGUUCCUAAGGUUGUAUUAAAAGGAAAUUAUGGUAUAAAUGGUAAAGUAUUAAUAUUACCAAUAACUGGUAAUGGAACUUGUGCUUUGAAUUUAGAUAACGUCGUUGCUAAAAUAAAUAUCAUUGGAAAAGAAUUUAAAAAAGAUGGAAAAAUUUUUAUGAGAGCCGAUCAAUUUGAUUUUAAAUUCGAUACGACAAAAUUAUCUAUGAAAUUUGACAAUUUAUUCAAUGGAGAUAAACAAUUAGGUGACAACAUGAACGUAUUUUUAAACGAGAAUUGGAAUGAAAUUUUAGCUGAACUCAAACCGUCAAUUCAAGAUGUUUUCGGUGCUGCUUUUGCUGAAAUUUCAAAUAGAAUAUUCACAAAAGUUCCUUACAGUGACAUAUUUCCAGAAUAA